CUUAAAACUUAACAAAUGCAAAGUGAGACCAAGAUUGCAAGAUGGAGUCAUACAUUUGGAUUUGAUGUUGUGCGAAAGACAAACUUGUUUAAAGAUCCCGAUCUGCUUUUGCAACUACCAGUGUUAAAUGACAUGGCGGAGUUAAGCAGAAAACAGAUAGCACUGACACUUGAAGUAACUGCUACUACAACCAGCAAUUAUCAUCUUGUUGUGACCUAUUUUAAUCCACACCUACGCACAUACAGACUCCAAAUGUAUGACGGUGAAAGUGGAAAGCGGGGUUACAUUGAAGCCAUCCCUUGCUUGUAUCAAUUCUUAUGUCGAGUUGUUGUUCUACAUACCAAUGGCUAUCCAUUGUCGCUUCGAUAUGAAAUCAACCAAACUUCAGAAAUUACAUUCAUCGGAAAUAUAAGAGAUUCACUGGCUAUCGAUUACAUCUCAUUGCUGCCCACAGAAGAAUGGUCACCAGAUUACUUGCUACCUCACAAGCUGUGUUACAUGAAAAACAAUGUUUGUUUACAAAAUGAGAAAUUUCAAACUCCUCAAGACUCAGUACCAAUAACACCAGCAUCUGCUAAUCCAGCAAAUCCUUUAACAAAUUCAGUGUAUGCUGUCUCUGAGAAAUCAGUUUUUUUCACAGCUUCACUUUUAAAACAAGCCACUUACUUUCUGGUAUACCAGUACUACCAACCCAAUCUUCCCAGCUUUCACGUUAAAAUCAAAAUCAUACAAGGCACUGUCAAAGAUUAUGGCUUGGUAAAAGUACAGCAUUGUUCGGCUAAUUCAGGAUGUCGUGGUGUUUAUAAGAAUGGGGCGUUACAAGGUGACGUCACAGUGGUGUUUGAGAUUCCAACAGGGAAAGAACUAUGGAUUGACUCUACGUUUUUGGUUCCUGAGGCCACUUUCCUAGAAGAUGUUUUGUUACCUAAACGAACUGAAUUCCCAACAAAGUUUAAACGUUCAUGUUUGGACAAAAAUUCACUCCCUUUAAUGAAAGCACCCGAGGGAUUCUGUAUGCAAGCAUUGGUCACACUAACAUCGGAGUUUACAAACAAGACCUAUCGAUGCAACUGCAACCAACGAGGUUCAUUGACACUAGAUUGUGCAAAAAUAGGUGGCCAGUGUAGCUGUAGGAAGGGUGUAGUUGGAAAAAAUUGCGAUAAAUGCCAAACGGGAUACUACGGUUUCCCUUAUUGUAAAGCUUGCAGCUGUUUCAUUGGAGGAUCAAUCAGUGCAGAAUGUGAUCGAUAUGGUCAUUGCAAAUGUACCCCGAAAUAUCACGGUCGUAAAUGUAAUCGCUGUGUUAAAAAUCACUGGGGAUUUCCUGAUUGUCGAGAAUGUUCUUGUGACUGGCGUGGCUCAUUUUCGUCAGCCUGUCGCGGUCACGAUGGUCAGUGCUCAUGUUCGCGCAACUAUGGUGGACAAAAGUGCGACAAAUGUCGAGUUGGAUUCUUUGAUUAUCCUUCUUGUCGAAGUUGUAACUGUAAUGCAGCCGGUAUCAUCACGACUGUGGCAACUCCGACCGGUUGCUAUAAAAAUGAUCCGAAUAGAUGUGAUUGUAAAACCAACGUGGAGGGAAGUUAUUGCGAAAGAUGUAAAGAAAAUUUUUAUGGACUUGAUGUUCGAAAUCCUUUUGGCUGUAAAAAGUGUAAUUGUUCGUCGUUCGGUACUGUGCGAGGCUCUGGGACAUGUCAUAAACAAACCGGACAAUGUGUAUGUCAGACAAAUGCCGCUGGUAUUAAUUGCGACUCCUGCCAAAAUGGUUAUUAUGUUGUAAAAACGGAUAAGAUAUUUAGCUGUCAACCAUGUCUUUGUAGCGCUGGUGGAUCAUUGCAUAACGUUUGUGAUAAAAUCACCGGACAAUGCAAAUGCAAAGCUCGUGUGUCCGGAUUAAAAUGCGAUCGAGUUACACCGGGUGACUAUUACUUGCCUUCCAUUGGACAGUUUGUCUUCGGAUCUAAAGACAUCACCCCCAGUGCAACUUUGGAAUACCUCGAUAGUUUUGAUGGUGCAAAAGUAAACGGAAGUUUUGCUUCCAUGCGUCAAACACUAGUUAUUGAGCCGAGUGGUUACAUCAGCGAUGUGGAUGCUGUUUCAACCGAUGGCUUUUAUUCAAACGUUAAAUUAGUGCACAAAAGAUCGUAUUAUGUGUUGAUUCAUUACGCGUUGUCAACGAAAGGUUCUAGAAUUGAUCUGGAGUUCACAAAAGACGGUGAAUAUAUUCUCGUGACACAUUACUUGAAAGCAAAGAAGACAUUAAAACCCACUGUCGACAUCGUUAAGAAAAAUAAUGCAUACUUUGUCUUACAACUACCCGAGGGAAAGUGGAACUUGCAAGUUGUGUUUUACGAAACCAUUUUAUUUAAUCAGCUCACGAUUGCACCUGUGGAACAUUUCAGCAAACAUAAAAUAUCACGAUCGAUUAAUAAUCCAUGCAUUUUACCAGAAUCUACGCGGUACUGUGCGUUAUACACGUAUUUUGAUGUAAAGAAGAUCGGUGCUGUUAUCGUAGAAGUGGAAAGCAUGGGAGAAAGCUCUUCCGAAUAUUUCGAUGUAAAGAAAUACCCAGCAGCUAGUAUUAAUGGUGCACUAUUGUUGAAAAGCGGCAAGAACUUCCGUUUCACUUCAUAUGUCGACCAAAACGAAGAUUUUUAUGUCAUCAUUCAAUAUUUGAAUAUGCUGAAAUACAGUGUUAAACUAGAAAUAGAGAUUCAGAAUGGCUACCUUGUUGAGACAGGUUUUGUAGAGUUGCCUCCAUGUUCCUAUGCAUUUGGUUGCCGUGAAACUGUUGUACUCAGCGACGGACGCAAAGCACCAUAUAAGGGAGGACGACGAAACAGAUAUAUUUCUUUGAAAAUAAUCAAAGGAAUUGAAAUCUUUAUCGAUUUUCUGUCAUUUGUACCAAGCAUACGAUGGAGUACAAAUCUAGUCACUCCAGCGUUUUAUUGUUUACGUCGUGGUUCAAGAUGUUUGGACAGUUCGUUCCCCACGACAAACAACAUGCUAACCAUCGAAGCUGAAUCUGCGAAAGGAGUUUCUUCCUUCAACAGCUCUCCCCCAGAUGGACAGGCCUCCACAGUAGCUUUUUUAGUUUCUAAACAUUCGAGACAUCUUCGUUGGUUAACACCUCUAAAGAUAGGAAAAUACUAUCUCAUAAUACAUUACUAUCAAACCUUGCAUGAGGAUUUUUUGGCGAAAAUCGUAUUAAGCACGUAUAAUAGCGCCGUUGCUGGAAAGGUAAAAUUUGAUCAUUGUCCAAGUAUGUACGGCUGUCGUACCGUCGUGUCCUAUUUUUAUGACGACGCAUUGCAGCUGUUUUUUAUCAGUGGUAACAUCUUAAAAGCGACGUUUACUAUGAAAACAACAAACCAAGUCUGGGUGGACCGAAUCACGUUUGUAUCUCCAGUAGAAUAUAACAACAAUCCGAAUAUACUAAAAGUUAGUCCACUGGAUUUAUCAAAGCGUUAUUUACGUAAAUGUGUCGGCCGCAAAGAUGUUUACAUCGAACAAGCAAACAAAGAUUUUUGUCGCUCAUCUGCGUUUGAACUAACUCUUGGAUUCAAUAAAAUUCCUCAACCCUGUAGAUGUAACCAGCAUGGUACAUUACCGUCUGCAAAAUGUGACGCUUAUGAUGGUCAGUGCACCUGUAAAGCUGGCUUUUAUGGUAGAGAUUGUUCGAAAUGUGAAGAUGGUUAUUUCCCAUACUGCAAACCGAGAAAAAAUCUUUACAGAUAAUAUGACGUGAAUAAAUAAAAAAGAAUCGUUGUUAUAAAUAUGCAGGAAAAUAACUGGACCAAGACAAUUACACAGUUUUCCUAUAAAAUAACACGCGUAGAAAGUGGUUGAAGAUGACGAGGUCGUAUGUCGCCAGCGGUGUGUCAAAAUGUUUGCGCACAACAUAAUUACAGGCUGAAAUCUUUGUUUUAAAUAAAGUUUUUUUGUCGCACGAAAAUGUUGUUGAAAUAACACCACGGUCGUAUUGCAGGUUGCCCGAUCUAUGAGCUCUGGGCUUUUUCUUUUUAUAUAUUUAUUUUUUAAGAAAUAUUCUUGUCCAAAAAGUCUGUGUUGCAUUGCAAAGAAAAGAAGGCAUUACCUUGCGAUAAACAAUGUGUUGCGUCGUUUUUUUGUGCAAGUUUUGUUUUUUUCUAUAAUGCAAGCCUGUCUAUUUUUCUAUGUUUCUUAGUUUUUUUCUGAGCCUCAUGUUUCUUAUUUACGUGUUUCCAAAAGAGAAAAAGACAUGUAUCGCACGUUUGCCGCAAUACGUUUGUCACAUGACGGUAGUCUUUAUUAGAAAUUAAACUUCCAACAUCAUCUCUCGUGACAAAGUACAAAUAAUUUUUAAGAGCAAGAAUUUGCGUAUUUUUAAUUUACAGCAGUUUUUUUAUGAUUGUAUUUACUAGAUAGAAAUAAAAAACAUUUUUAUCCGAAUAUCGUUAAAUUUAUGUGUACGAUCAUUUCUGAUGUUUUGGGUAUCAGCACCUCGAUGUUGGUGAAGAGAGUACAUCAAUGUCGAUGCAUCUUAAUUAAUUGAAGUGGUGUAUUAGUUGUAUAUUCAUCAAUUAAGGUUUAAAGACCUGAAGAAGUUAGGAAAAUGGAAUAAAAGAACAAUUGGUUCAAAGGGGCGGUCAUUUUUUAAACACUAUAUUUACUCAUUACAACUUUAUUAUAACACCACUGUAAAAUCUAUAUAGCUAUAUAUAAUGAGAAUAAUUUUAAUAUAUUACAAAUAUAUUGAUAAUUUAGUAAUUUUUAUUAUAUUGUUUACAUGUAUUUACAACAGAACUAUGAUUGUCGCUACGA